CUAACAGUAUUGUCAUUUGCGUUUAGUUUCGUUCGCGCGCUUGGAGAAAUUGUUUAGGUUACUGUGAAUUGACAAGGAAAUAUUGGCCCUAUUUUUACUGUUUUACUUUAAAUCAACAUCAUGUGCGAUAUUCUUGUCCCGAACAUGAACUGCAACCGCAAGCGGAUGCGUUCUGACGACGAUUGUGGUGUGGCAUUGCAGCGGAAGAUGUUCAUCGACCAGCAUCGAAUGGAUCAGCAGGAUGAAAACAAAAUGAAACGCAUCCAAGGUAUGCAUCUAUCGUUUUGGGAAAAAACGAUCAACAUGCUAUUCCAGGGAGCUAAAAUUUCUCACCAGCAAGCACCGGGAACAUGCGCAGGUGCAUGCCUGCGACACGUACGCUUACUUGGUGGUGGAGAAACGGACUUCGACUUUCAUCAGUGUCCCAGCUGGAUUGAGAAGAAACCGGAUCGCAAAUGCCGUAUUUGCGAUCGGUUAUCGAUGGUUCAUGCCGACUGUGUCAACUGCAAUCUGGAACUUUGCGAGUACUGUGGCUUUAGUUGCAGCUACUGCCCUGAGAAAAUAUGUAUGAAUUGUGUUAAUUUAUUUAACUGCCAAAACUCGGAUGUUCCAUGCUGUGAACGGUGCAAAAUUUUCAACUAAUUUCGAGAGUGUCUUUUCGUUUAGGUUUCGUGUAAUUGUAAUUUUAUUUAUGUUUGAAAGGCUAGUUUUGGGCACAAUUUAUGCAAUAUUGUAUGCUUAUUAUGUUAUAACUAAAAU